ACAAAAAGGUGGCACAAACACAGAGCGCUGAAGGACUCAAAAAGUGAAGUUGAAGAUAAAUUUGAGGCCAUUCUCCUCUUGUAAGUAAAUUAACAAAUUCUCUUAAUCAAAUAACGUGAUAACUCAUUUCACUGAUGCGGGGAUUGAAUAACAAUCGUUUGACGAAUCGCAAUUUUGUCCAAGUUAUGCCAGCUGAAUCCCUUAACUGUUCAGCUGUUGAUUGAUAUUCGGUGGUGAAGUGAUAGGAAUCAUUUUUACAUGAGCACUCAUUCCAGUUCCUCUGUAUAACUAAUUUCAUCAGCCAGUUACUGGGUUGAAACCAUUACUAGCUAUGAGCAACAGCUUUGUAUGCUUGGCGAUUGGAAAGCUACAAUGAAACCAAUUUCAGAUAUAAGGGAUGCAUUGUAUCCAUUCUUCAGAUAUAUGCACGUGAAUUACGAUUCCAUUCACAUUUCAAUUUCCAUGCAGGACAGCAAUUAAUAUUAAUUGCAUCGAAUCCUUAGCCGCGAUUGUGGUGAUCUUCUGAGCUUAAGGACAAAUUAAGUAACUUUCAACUUUUAAAGUUAGUUUUUUACUCGACUUCCUUUUAAUAAUCUCUCCGCCGUCCCACUAAUAUUUUCUUAGUGAUAAAAUCAAUAAGAUGACAAACUAAAAUAUUUUUGUUGAUCAUGGAUCAAAUUCUGAUAACAAUGGUCACGUCAUUUAUGCUACAAUUCAGUAUAAAUCCUUCCUUACGGAACACUUAUUGAUUUCUUUUCUUUUUGGAUAACUCUGCACUUUUGUGUGAAGGGGUAGGCGCAUAUGACACUGGCUUUAUAUCGUGAGUUUAAGAAUAACGUCAUGAGAUACGCUCUAAAUAUCACGACCUCUCUUCUGGUUGUUUAAUUAACGAUACGAUCUGAUCCUCCGUUGACAAUAAUCUAGACGUGGUUUCAUACGACAGUGACACAAUUUCAUCCAUUAUUUGUUUCAUUUGAGCCAGAGUUAUCAAUUCAGGAAUCAUUGCACACUCUUUGCCAUUUUCCUUUUUUUUUCGCUUUGGACAAGAUGAUAUGACAUGAUAUAACAUUGAGGGACAGUGAACUAUGAACAUUUUUCACCUAUCUCAAGGAUACACGGAUGUGUUUUCAACUACUAUGAUCAAUUGAGCUGAACAUUGUCCAACUCAAGGAACUUUGUCGACGGUACGUUAAUUUUAUUAUUACAUGAUGAAAUCAGUCAUCUUUAAUCUCAAUGAACUCUGAGACAAGCGCUCUCCAAGCCAUCUAGUUCAGAGAUUAGUCGUUUAGACUAAGGUGUAAGCGCCUAAUUCACCUUAAAACGCAUUCACCACCAUAAUAACAUCCCACUCUUUGUAAACACCUCGCAGCAACAGUGAUGAUAGUUGCGUUAGUGACUUCGACAAUUUGUCUGACUGAGUAUACAAGGUCAUGAUGACAACGUUCCAAAGAGAAAAGGGGUCGCUGUUUGUAAACACGUAUCCUAAAUUCUGUCUUCAUGUUAAAAGAAUCACUCGCCAUACACUCGAGGUGUUUGAAGAGCGCUCAGGUUUAAAUCAAACUCAUUCUCUUUGGCCAAUCAUAUAUUUUUUUAAAAUGUUGAAAUUAUUGCAAAAUGUCUGUUGUCACUUGAUAGCAUAUGGAUUUUGAGCCUUAACGUUACAUGAACUUGUGUAAACUCCUCUAUCUCCUCCGCCAAAAAGCGAUCAUUUAUCGUAUAUAUGCAUUAGUUUUAGACGUGAGCAUCAUUAAAUCGCUGCAAUGUUCAUCCAGCAUAACCUCAAAAAUUCGCUUUCGGGCAGGUGCUAUGAAGUAAGGAACCGACUUCCACGUGUUUGAAAUUUUUCCUCGGUUACAUCAUAAAUCUGUAGCAGAGUGAAAGUCGUGAUUGAUAGAAUUUAAGUAGGAAAACUCUGCCAGGACUGAGACACUAAAUGAAUAUUUACAUCCGUUGACUGUAUCUCGAUUAAUAGAAGGUCUGCAUUCUGAUUGGUAUUCUCGGACAAUAUUGACUUCCCAUUAGUAAACAUUUAAUGAUCCCACUUGCUCUUUAAUAAUAACUUUGCUUAUCGCUUUUUCACAAGCAGUAGUUUACGAUCAAGUUUAACAAAAAUUAGGGUCAACAGCCCAAGCUGAGUGAACAUCUGGAGUGUGUUUCUGUCAAUGCUUCAGUUGAAAUCACAAUGAAUCAUUCUCAUACUAUAGGAAUGACGUUUUUGAAAAUUAAGGGUUGGAGAGAGGCUCUUUUACAUCGCACUGGGGCGAAAGACAUAUUUAAGAUUAUCUUACUCUUUUCAUCUAGGCAUCGACAUUUUCUCUCUUUUUUAAAAACAAAAUGUUUGUAUCUGGAGUACCAAAAUGCAAGCAAUGUAGACUGAUACUUAAGCAAACAUUGAAACAAAACGUCCUUGUCUUUACAUGCCAACGUGAAAAAACGGGCAUUACUGAAAUGAGGUCAAUCACGUUUGCACUCUAUUAUGAUGCGCUGUAUUCGUCUUUGGACAUUUUCAAGAAGACCCGGUGGUUAUGCUCUCAAAACAGAAACUUUUCAGUAAGGGCGAGGCUAUUCACGCAUUAGUUUACUUUUCAAAAUCUUAGUUUAGCGACUUUGUCUAGCAGCUGUAGAGAACUACUUGUCAGUCACUGGCGGAACGACUGACGGGCAAAGUGCGGAGUGACUAUCUGCUUUGUGAUGAUGUCUUCCUUAAUUAAGAAAGCUAUCUAUGCGGCUUGUAUACAACAGGAGUCGCUUCGUGACCAAGUCUAGUAUGCAUAAAAACAGAGUAAGUAACGAGAAAUCCUAAUUAACUUGGUAAUUCGGUGAACAGACUGCUUAGAUAAUUUGCUGUGGCUCACGCUAGCACCAAACAGAAGUACAGCCUGGAUCACGAAGGUAAAUAAGUUAUACUGGUUCCCACCUGACAGAUGAGUUCCAACAGUCCUAAUUCAAACUAACCUGGUUACUUUCCUGACAGCAAGCAGUCAUAAAAGUGCUGUUAGUUAAAAUAUUCAUCGCUCAUUUAUGGUACUAUUCAUGGUAAAUUUUAAUCAAAGUUAAAAGUUCCCAAGAUCAACAUGCAUUUUAGUCCACAUACUUUCUACAGUACAAUACGUUUUUUGGCCAUUGUUUUCCAACGCAAGUUGAUUACAUCAUUAUUCUGGCUUUUGGAGCCAAUUCUUGCAAUCAUAAUUUGAACAGACAGACGUUGUGUACUAGAGAACUGUUCCGGCAGACAGUCGUUUUAGUAGGAGGGUUCGUAAGUCAAUAGAAAUUCCCUUUAAAGCCUUCGCCAUUGGCUGAUUCACGCUGUGUUUCUGUUCACUUACUGCUAAUUUGAUCUGACCCGGUGCAACCUUUAAUAAAAAUAAGUUGUAAACUGUUUAUAUUAACAAGAUCCGUAUUUUUCUAAAAGCAUGAAAUUAUUUUUUGGAUCAAAUUUCUUCACAACGAUUGUUCGUGUUCCAACCAACACAGAUGUAUCAUGCGAAUUAUAUAACUCAUAUAUCCAACAUGUGUUUGAGAUUAUACAGGAUAAAAGCUACAAAGUUCGCUUCUACUAGCGCUCACUGGUUCUGAGACCGGAUGACAAAGAUUUCUCUCUUUCAUGAGUUACUGAAAAGAAAGUUUUCAGAAAAGCUUUUCGUACUUAGCCAUAAAUAUUUAAAUUUUUUGUGUGUGUCCUCGAUAAGUGGUAAGUGGUGCGACAGUUUUUGAAACGGCAUUUUUCUCUAUUGCUAAUUCAGGAGUAGAAGAGUGUGAUCUGCGAUUUAUACGAAGAAAAUCAUGAGAUGAUGUAUAUAAUCUUAAAUUGAGAAUUGAAUUGUUAAAAAGGCCUAUAAGUUUAUAGGCAUUUAUAAUAUACACUUGGCCAUGGAUGUAGGUAGACACUCGUGCGCUUAAAAAUAUUUCAACCGAUAACGGCUUAGCACCCAUAAAGACAAUGUGACAUAUGUGCAUGUUCUUAUCCUGAUGCGUGGUCCUUGUUCCGUCUUUAACUUUAUGGUCCGCCAACAGAUAGUAAUCAAACUCCCUGCCUGUGGUAAGAUAACGAAGAUAGAAAAGAUUUAUCCGAAAUUUAUCUACAGUGUAAGUAAUUCACGAAAAUAUGUCUCAAUUCGCGACCUCUGCCAUGCCAUAAAAUGUUUUCAGAGUUCAUGCCACCAUUAAGCUAAAAUGAUCCAAAGGACAUGGAUUGCAAGGUGGUGGUCACAUGCUUUUAGAGAGAAAUGUUAAAAUUUAAUUUGGUUCCUUCGGCCCUCAUUUCCUGUUACAAGAAUCGGAUUAAAAGCACUGGCGCCCAAACACCCACCGGAGCGGUAAUCCCGUAGCUCUGAGUUCAUUAAGUUGUGAUUUCUUUCACUAGCGUUUCAACUCAAAAGAAAAUUCGUCCAAUGAAAAGAAACGUUAUUUUAAGACGCACAAAUUUGGUGCCAGUUGAGUUGGUCUUAAAUGAGCUCCUAACCUAUAAUUUUCUAAACAUAAAGGUAACUGCAUCAUACUUGAGGCCGAAAAAAGAUCACUGACGUUUUUCAAGCAUUUUUUCGUUUUUUGGAAGUUUUAUCGUAAGUUCUGCAAUGCUCACUGCUCAGUUGCAAUAAAAACGUUGCUAGAAAAUGACAAUGUUGUUGAUUCACCUUAUUAGACAUACGUAUAGUUUUCCUCAAUAUUUAUGGCUCUUGAUACAUUCAGCGCUUUUGUUUUGUUUUGAAAUUCACGCGAUUGACAUGGGAGUUAUUCAUAAAUGGCUUUCCUUGACCUUACAUGUUUCUAUAUGAAGCAUGUUGACUAUCUAAUGUUUUGCCGAGUACAACUAUAACGGGAAGAACUGUUUUUUCUUUAUUUCAAUGGUGGUUUUUGAGAGAUAAUUGAUUCUCGGCUCAGGAAAUAAAAUACAGCAAGUUUGCCACGCAAUAUCUUAAGUCAUUCUUUCCGUUGUCUGCUCCAGGAGAUAUAAACUCAUCUAUUCAAAACGCUGAGUCGCGUGGGUUUUUUUUUUUUUUUUAUUUUUUUUUUAUUUUUAAGACGUUUGAUAUCACUCUGUAAUUUUUUCUGGUUCAGUCACAGAUCGAUCAUGGAAGGUCUGUUAACACCACUAGUCUCGGUUUAGAAUAACGUGUAGUACAACAGUGUUCUUGAGAGGCGCGGCCGUCUAAGGGUUACUUCGAGCAGACAAUUCAAAAUCUUGUCUAUUUUUGUUCGCCAGCUACCAACAGUCUGUCAGAAUGUAUUAAAUGACAAAAUGUCAGAUAAGCUCGUGUUUGAAACGAAACACAAGUUGUACGCACUGCCAUUCGACAUUACGACAACCAUCGUUUCCUGGUUUUCUUUAUUAGGAAAGGAAUGAUACAACGUAGGGUUUCUUCCCCGGUAUAAAACGCUGCUUUUAUACGGACAGUUUUGUCACACGUAUGUCGCAAAAUGCCGAUCAAUCUUCGCGUUAAUCGGAACCAUAGAGGUGGUUUCAAGAAAGAAAUAUAUGAUUCUCCUUUAUCAUGAGCAAAAGAGACACUGACCUCUGAUACUCAAGAGACUUUGGGAGUCUUUGUGACUUUGUUUUGACGAAGAAUCAAAAUAAAUAUGUACCCAUACCAUGCUUUUGUGAUGCCCCCUAUCCCUGUUAGAAAAGAUGAAUAGGAAAACCUGUGACGUGACGUGAGAGUGACUUAUAAUAGUGUCGUUUGAGCACGUCAGUUUCUCUUUUAAGUACUUCCUUUGAUCAUAUCAGGCCAUUCUGUUUUUUCUUUCAAGCUCAAAUUGCGAGGUACUUCGUUUUGUUUUCGUGACAAACUGUAGAAUUCGUUCCUCUAGUCGGCAGUAUGACCAGCGAUAUAGUGUUGUUUGUUAUUUGCGUUAAGUGGUACUAGAAACUCAUGAAUCUACGGUGAUAUGAAAGCGAAUUGAAAGCACUCUCAAACCGGGGACGCUAUAAAUAGAUUAAAACGAAUACAAGAAAAGAAAAUUUGGAUAAUAAAGGUGCUUCGUGGCGUAAUUACAAAUUUCCAUGUUGGUGGGACUCACCGAAAAAUCUCUUUGAAAGUCAGAAAGUCAACGAUUUGAUCAUUUGCUCAAAACAAAGUACGUUAUACUGGAUACUUCGCUGGAAAGAGCUCGAGUAAAAUGUUUUAUCAUCAAAUCAGUUUUAAACCGCAACAAUGAAUAGUAAGCGUCUGCUUUAACAUGUUCAAUAUCGAGUGAUCUGUGAUGGAGUCUCUCGUCAAAACGAGUGUGCCUUCCUGUCACACUUUUGCAGUAUGUCACAAUAUUUCUGUUAUCAUGAAACACAACCAGUGACGUUUAAGCAAAACCUCUUUCUUUGUGCAUAAAAGCGCUUAAUAUUGCGGACAGAUUAACGCCAUUGUAAUUGCACCUUUGUUAAAAAGUCAAAUGCAAAUUACAGGUUAGAGCAACACAAGCGUUGAAUAAAAGCACUUGAGAGACGGGUUACAAUUUCGGUCAAGAGCACCGACUCAUUGUUUUUAACCCAUUGGGAUAUUCACUAAAAGAAACGUGAAACGGACAUUCCAGAGGGCACCACACGCGCUCUCCUUGAAUCCAGCUUUUUAUCUUUUCCCACUGUGUUUGGUAUUUGCCAUGAAAAAAAGACAUAACAAAGGAAAUGAUGGAGCGUUUUCUUUACCCCCUGUUAUGACGUCAUCACGUUAAAAAUCAAAAACAACUCAGUGGUAAGCGCGAAGUUUCUAAUCAGGAUUGAAAGAACAUUCUCUAGCGAAGAACUUCGACCUCACGGUUUGGGAUUGGAGGGCGAAAGCUAAGUAAGUGUUGUACGGAAGGAGGCAUUUUUGUUGAAUUUGGAGAAGUUUCUGCUUGCUUCGAGCCAUACAGUAUAUUUUUAAUUUGACUGUUGAAGCAUGGUCUUCAGACCAAGGAAAAGUUUGUUUAAGUCACCGUCAAUCACCUGACAUUGACUCAUUCUGUGUUUGGGAUCGUGAUCAACCUGAUCGUCUGUAAACAUUCGUCAAUCAUUUGACGGAACAUAGUCUUUGUGCGUCUCAUUGCAUGGCUCUAGUCAAUUAAUCAGUCACAGAUGAUGGUCGUAAAUUAAGUGACUUCUUUCUUCUUCAAAGUACCAUUAGCUGACAUUUCGUUACGUUGAGCCCUCAGCACUUGGGUAAUUCUAAUAAAUUAAAUACAUCUGUUUCAAAAGAAUGACGUCUUUCGAUCAAAUCAAACCUUCCAUACGUCACGUUUCUCUUAAAUAACCAUUUGAAUAUGCGUCUUUCAGUCAGGUAAUAGGUAGUUUAUUAAUCAUUUAUAUGUUUCUGUGACAACAGAGCACAUCGUCUCCAAACUGAGAUGGACGCCACCUCAACUACCGCAGUAAUGAGCACUAGUAAUGUAACAAGCAUGACCACGACAGCCACACCAGAAGAGGUUUACGAUCCGUUGUGGGUCAUCACAAUGCGCUGGAUUAUUGGAGCUAUUAUUGUUUUCGUAGGUAAGAAAACUUGCAAAAAUUAAACUUCAUUUGUGCAUACAAUAAUCAAUUUAACAAGAAGGUCACAUUUGGGAUUGUUAGCUGUAAAUGAAAAAAUUUAAGCAGUCUUUUUUUUUCUGAAAAAAGGUUUUAGAAUAAUUAAUUGCUCUGAUCUAGCAGCUGAGAAAAUUUGUCUAAACUUUGAAAUAAAAUGCAAAUUUUUUCUCCAAAGGGCAAUCAUAUCCAUACUUCUCGGUUUCUUCGUUUUAAGCUAAAAAUUCAGUAUGGAAAGUCUAUUUGCAAAGGCGCAUUCGAUAGAUGUUACACAAACAGUGGACGGAUCGAUUUUGAUUUUCUGGCUGUCGUGUGAACCAUGAAGCAAGAAUUUGUUGUAAGCUUUUUAACCAUCAGAUUCACUCAGCUUUGAUUUCUUAAAGCACAAUGUACAUUUUAAUACGUAACAUAAUUCAACAAGGGAUACUUGCUUCACUAUCCUUAAACAUUUCCACAUAAAAUGAGGAAAGAGAAAUUAUAUAUCGAAUGAACUGAAGUUGGCAUUAACAGGGAAAGAAUAUUCAAAUUAUUUUCUCGGGUCAUGGGCGCUGGCACUGGCCGUCUUUCAGUGAUUUUGUGACUGAUAAACUGAAGGUUUUUUUGGCCUCCUUUUAAUUUCACCGGCGGUCAAUUAGCUAAUACCUAUUAUAACUCCCCUGACCGUGAACAAAUUUCAGUGUUAUUACAGCCGCUCAGCGUGUAGUCAAUUUAAACAAAGCGAAGUGACAAAGGAACAGAAUAGAGUCAGUAAGCACGACACUGAGGGAUAGUGAACGAGACCUUAUCGUAAUUGGUGCUUUCCCACGCUCAGAUAAAUAAGUGGUUGCUUAUUGUUUCCCAUUUUCUGCGUACAAUUUAUCGAAAUUGUUUAUGAAUUAUUUGAACUUCUUAGCGCAUUUACUCCCAAAUCCUUUGAAACGAGUUAAUACGAAAGAAAAACACAUUCCAUUCGCUCCGUGAAUGUCUGAUCAACUCUUUACAUAGUGAUAAUUAAGUACUAACUAUGCGUUGAAAUGUCUUAAAAAGCUUAACCCAUGGUUCAUGGUUAAUGACCAAAGCCGUGAACAUUUUUAACUCUCAGGAUAUGUCUUUAAUCGUCUGAGUUUAAUUUAUCUCUCCCGACCCUCACAAUGACUGACUGCAAUGUCAAGAAUUAGUCAGUCUGCGGCCAUCGUUUAACUCUACUUUGCCAAGUCGAUUUCACGGAUUUGUUAUUAAGAACAAAAGAAAAACAAAAAUCUACACGUCGCCAGACUGUUGGUAAAUGGGGUGGACUGUUAAUUAAUUCAAUUUGUUUAAACAACAAAUAUUUAUCUCCUUAAAAAUGUUGUGAUAUAAACCAAUUAUAGCAUCAUUGGCAGUAAACUUUAGUCGGCACCAGGAAACAGAUAAAUAUCAUAAAAUACGCGGAAGUGAAGACCAGUGAACUGUUUGCUCGAAUGUUUUCCUAACACAAGCCUCGCGUUUAGUUAAAAGCACGCAAUUAGGUUUUAAUAAAGGUCCUUUGAGUAAUUGCGAUUGACGUAAAGAUGUAAAGAUACAUGAAUCAGUGUUACGAGAUUAAAAAAGGGUCUCGUCGUGAUAUCUCGGAAUGCUCCUUUCUAAUUAUUUAUUAGAAUGAAAUGAACGACAGUUGUCUUAAAUUAAAUUUUUUUUGAAUACAUAGACUCCCGGAGGUUCAUUUGUAUAGCACCUUGUGUGUAAAUAGUCAAGUCCAUUUAUUUCAAUUUUGAUGGUUUUAAUAAAUGUUUGCAAAAGUGAAAAGUCUAUCAAAAUGACAGCUUGUUCCGGGUUUGGAACUUAUUUCUCAUUUCUCCGGUGAAAAACACAAACGAGGCGUUCAAGUUCAGUUUCCUCGCUGUGCAACAUAGAUCAACGACAGAAAACUAUUAAAGCGCUAUCCAAACUACUAACCUGUAACUGCUAAUCAAACAGCUAAAUGAUUCGACACCCAACGUUAAACAUUGUUUAAUUGUACUUUGCUCAGCUUCAAUAUAGGCUACAGGAAUGCUGGUUUACGCUUCAACACGUUGUGUCUGCUUCUUUUUAAAUAACAUUGUAUUCUAUUAAUACUUUUCCUUCUUUUCCAAGUCCUAAAACUUUACUUUACUCCAGUUCUCAUCUGCUGUUCACACGUUUGAGAACAACAUGGGCUUUCGCUGGUGAUUAUUACGACUAACGACUAUCCUUUACAAGCACUAUGGUUGGGCAAGAAAAAAAAUGACUGCACUUUUUUGCGAUAUGUAUACUCUAGUUGCCUGAUUUUCCUAACAAAAAUGUAUCAAACCUCUCGAUUAUUGGUCUAAAAAAAAGGCUUCCAUCACUGAUGAGUUAAAAGAACUAAAACAUAUUGAACAUAGGCCAUAUGCCCCUUUACCAAAAGGCGGCUUUUCCUGAUAUCAGCAUGUGUAUAAAUGCAUUAAAAACAAUCGCAGAGUUUCAUCUUUCGGUUACUUCAGGAGCCGAAAGUUGAAACUAUGUAUUUGAAAUAAAAGUCACGAUGUGCGCAAUGCACAUUAGUUUUAGUUCAUUAACUCAUCACUGAUGGACGUCUCUUUAUAUUUAGGACCAAUAAUUUUUUGUAAAUAUUUUUCGUUUGAUAACAGAACCCAGACUUCAAUAAAAUUACCUGCAGCGUUUUUUAAUCCUUUAAUGCUACACCCUUUCUAUUUAAAUCUAAGGUGCAUUACUUUAUUCCAUUCUUUUGUUUGUUCUUUCUGGAAGGGUCUAUUGGUAACGUGAUGGUUUGUGCGGUGGUGUACAAGAACCAAAGAAUGCAGACUGCUAUGAAUUUGUUUUUAGUGAACUUAGCCGUGUGGGAUAUCCUGGUGUGCUUAUUCAACAUUCCGUUCACGCUAAUUUACAAUCAACUUAAGUCAUGGCCUUUUGGACUCUUCUGGUGUAAAACAAUGCCGAGUAAGUGGACUUCCUGAAAUAAUUCCAUAAUUCACUCUGCUUUUUCCAGCAUGGUGUGGGUUCGUUACCCCCACAUGAGUCGCCGAAACGUUAUGUCGGAAAUGGAGUCGACGACAACACUGGCAAUCCGGUAUUGAAAUAGUCAAGAGGGAUUAAAAAAAGCGAAAAAAUCAAGCUUUCCACGUGAACCUAACUGUUAACACCUUUAUACAUUUUUUUAAUACCUAAUUAGAUUUAGUGUGGUCAGAACAAAAAUGACAGUUAGCUUUUCGUUGAAGAAGAAUCCACAAGACUUAUUUCUUUUUUCAACCCUUCAUCACGAAUAUUAUUUGACUAAUUACUCUUUAAGCCCAGCCAAGCAUAAUUACAAUUCGCAUAUUGGCGAACAACGUGAAGAUUACUCUCUCGAUAAAUCUACGAAAAUAAAAAGGAAAUGACGUUUCUUGAUUGACAAUUCAUGGAGUGAAAGUCUGGAAGAAUGGACUUCCGUUACUGUCUAAAACAAGAUUUAGUUUUAAUGACUCCACACAUUCCAUCCAAAGCCUGAUGUCUACACCCAAACUCAACUAUUCCAGCAACCUUUCUCACCGAACUGCAAUUUUUUUUUCAGCUUUGCAGGUUAUGAAUUUGAGUGCAUCCACUGGUUCCCUGGUGGCCAUCACUAUCGAACGCUACCGCGCAAUCUGCCUCCCCUUUACACCACCCCUAUCAAAAUUUCAAGCCAAGCUAAUAAUAGCAAUCGUUUCAAUGUCUUCGUUCCUGGUUGCUUUGCCUGAAGUUGGAGCUUACAAACAAGCACCACCAUUUGGAUGCAUGGAAGUGUUUCCUACAGAAGAUCUCAGAAAGGCAUACUCGUUAUUUCUCUUCCUCUUCUGCUAUUUUCUCCCGUUUUUAUUCAUUGCCCCAGCAUAUACCAGAAUGAUAUUAAAACUGUGGCAAGAAGAUCGUGACGAGAGCUCACCUUCAAGUGGAGUGACAGAGGAUCCCAAGAACCAAAGAAGAAAACAGAACGUCUUAAGGAUGAUGGUUAUUGUUGUUUUGUGCUAUGCCAUUUGCAUGUUGCCCACGUAUGCCACCUUCUUGUGGCUUGACUUUGGAUUAUCAGGUACCUAAUACUAUCAUUUUAUUUUCCUUGCAAAAGCUGUACUGACCAGACGAUGACUCACGACGGCAGCUACAAUAUCUUUUGAGGGUAGCAACGAGGGGGUCCUGAUCCUGUUUGGAAAGAAAGUUCACCAAAGGAAAAUCUAAAAUCUCUCCUCCUAUGAGCAAGGUUUUAGCAAAUCUUGAGGUCUCCACGAAAUUAAAGAAAAAAGUCGCGGGUCAUAUAUUCUACGCCUCACGAUGGUGGUUGAUAAAUUCAAGAGCCACGCUCGCCUUUCUGUAAAAUUCUGCGUCAUAUAUUAAUUUUGGCCUUAAAUGUACAAACUCUUUGCCACCCUCUCUAGUUGUACCACGAUAUUAAUUCUUAUUUUUUUCAAAAAGAAAAUGGUAUUGUAAAACAAAAGAGUUGGAAGUAGAAUAGAAAGAAAAAAGGACCUAGAGUUUAGAUGUUGGACAGAAUAAAAAAGGCUGUACGAUGGAGACGUGAAAGGAUCCCACUGCAGCACUAUCACUGAGAUUUUUAGGAGGAGAUGGUGGAAAUGCUGCUUUCAUUUCAAAGAAUGUGGAUGCGUAUGGACCUAAUUUAUAAAUGGGAGCUCAAAUGUAAGGAGCGAUGGAACCGUUCGCUUGACAAAUGGUGCCGGACACCAUAAGUGAACAGAUCCGUCAUUUACCUCAAUGUCUGAGUCUUGCUCAUAAAUGUUAUUGUAACCUGCUAAAUAUAUCUUCAAGGUUGCGAAUGAAUCACCUAUUUUGUUGCUUUUCUAGGACCACCACCGUAUUACUUUUUCGCAUUACUCAGCCUUAUGCAAAUGAUAACUUUCAUCAAUAGCUGUGUCAACCCCAUCAUUUACUGGUGUCUUAGUGACCAGUUCUCGAAAGGAUUCAAGAAACUAUUUCGUUGCAAAAAGAGACUCAACACGUGGAGUAGACAUACACAACAAUCAUCUUCAUCGUCAUCGGAUCCUCACCACCAUCAUCAAACUAUGCCAACGAAAGUAUGAUGUGAAACGAUGUGAAGACAUUGUUAGUGUAAUAAGCUACGCAUGCGUUGGACCGAGAUAGAAGGGCAAUGGAUACGUACACUUGGAAUACAUAUCUAUCAAUCAGAAAUGGAUACACAUGGGCCUGUUUGUAGACCAUAGCCACGCGCAUAUACUAUAAGCACUUAGUGACGUAUGAAGACACAUGAUGGACACUAUAGCCGUGCCAGUACCGACAAACAAAGUUAGCAAGUGCACCAUCCCUAGUUGAAAGUUACCCGGAAAUGACUCAGUCACGUUUGGAUAGAGAGCACUUCGUUCAUAAACAGCUGCUAGGGAAGAUGAAUUUAAAUGGAUAACAAAUCGCACAGGGCUAACAUAAGCCAGGGAAGUGUUAGUGGUCCAUAAAUCAAACGAUGAGCAAAGUGUCUGUUAUGACCAUGUAUGAUACUAAAAAAACUGCUUUCCAGAUACAACUGCCCAGUUGGCGCUUGCAAACACAACCUUACAAGGAAAGCAAAUAAAAACGAAAAGAUUAUAGAAAUUGCUGGAAAUACGAAUGAUUUACCGCAGCGUUAACAGGAACCAAAAGAAUAUCUAUUCUCUUGCGAAGAGCUUGUCAAUGCAGACAGCACAAGUUUUGUAAUAGUGACUGAGUGGACAAAAUAUUAUUUCCGAUGCUGCGCUUAUCCAAUUCUAAGUUGCAAACAUUACAUUCAUUACAUGGCUGAACUGAAAUAACGCAAUAAUAAUGAUAAGAUAAAACGACAGCAGAAGUAGAAAGUUGAAACAAUUUCAACUUAAAGAACAUUUCUCAGAGGCGUGCAGAAUAGAAUUACAUUUUCAGAUCUUACUUUCCGCGUUCCGUCAGAAAAUUAGGAGAACGAUGCAGGAUCAACAAACUAGGUAGUGAGAAUAGAGACACGCCAGCGAAACUGAAUCUUAUUUUUUCUGAGGCAUAUAAUCAUUUGUGUAUAUAUUUUGCUUUCCUUUUUCCAUAUUCCC